AUAAGUGUAUAUGGAGCACAGUUGUCAUCAGAAGCUUGCAGAGAGCUGGGCUUCUCCAGUAACUUGCUAUGCAGUUCCUGCAACCUUCUUGGACAGUUCAAUCUGAAUCAGUUGGAUCCAUUCUGCAGGCAGUGCUGCCAAGAAGAAGCUCAGUUGGAAACUAGAAAGCUUUAUGCAGGAGCUGUCCUAGAGGUAUGUGGAUGAAAAUUGGGAAGGUUCCCUCAAGUCCAGGCUUUUGUCAGGAGUGAUAAGCCAAAACUCUUCAGGGGACUGCAAAUCAAGUAUGUGCGUGGUUCUGACCCUGUACUAAAGCUGCUGGACGACAGUGGGAACAUUGCAGAAGAACUGAGCAUCCUCAAGUGGAAUACAGAUAGUGUGGAAGAAUUUCUAAGUGAAAAAUUAGAACGUCUAUAAAUCAUUGCUUUCAGUCCUCUUUCCUUUUCAUGUUUUGUCAUGGUAAUCUCAGAUGUAGUGUGCUACAAUUGAAAAAACAUUCCAGCUUCUAUAUUAAUUUUAAAUUAUCUGUUGUGCUGUACUAAACAUCUUGUAAUUAGAAGGGGAAGCUUCAGCACACAUAUCUGACAAGCUGACAAACAGAAUAGUUUGUCUUAAUAUAUUUCAGCUCUUAAUGCAUUUAUCACUAACAAAAUGCUUUGUUUCAAAGUUAAUUAUGCAAAUAUCAGUUUGUUAUAAUUGGACCUGUAUUUACAAUAAUUUCAAAUAAUUGAAACGAUUGCCAUGCUUUUUGUCUGCUGCUCUUUGUAAGAAAGUCAGAACCAAAUGCAAUGUACUAUCUCCCAAAGAAACUUGACUGCUAAUGCCCUCUUCUUUUUUGUAUUUGAACUGUCCUUUUUAUAGAACCGUUGUUUACAGUGAGUAUCUAGUUCACAGUUUUUGAAGCUGAUGGAGGAACUCAUGCUCUGGUACUGUGAAACACUUAAGUACACUUUAGUGAAGACUACAUAGAAAACCUCUGUGGUGUAUGGAAGUCAGAUGUCAGGUGUGCUUUAUGUUAAGUGUUUUGCUUCAGAAAACAUGAGAUACGAGUCUUGAAAAACCUUUCCUUCUAACUUUCACAAGUUUAUUGGAAGACUGUUUAUCAAACAAAUUUAUAAACUGUUUUAAAAUGUAUAUUUUUCUUUCUCAGUUGAAAU